AUGUAUGUAUCUCAACUAGAGCAUUUCUAUCUAUCUAUCUAUGUAUCUCAACUAGAGCAUUUCUAUCUAUCUAUCUAUGUAUCUCAACUAGAGCAUUUCUAUCUAUCUAUCUAUCUAUCUAUCAUUUCUAUCUAUCUAUCUAUCUAUGUAUCUCAACUAGAGCAUUUCUAUCUAUCUAUCUAUCUAUCUAUCUAUCUAUCUAUCUAUCUAUGUAUCUCAACUAGAGCAUUUCUAUCUAUCUAUCUAUCUAUCUAUGUAUGUAUCUCAACUAGAGCAUUUCUAUCUCUCUCAACUAGAGCAUUUCUAUCUAUCUAUCUAUUUAUCUAUGUAUGUAUCUCAACUAGAGCAUUUCUAUCUCUCUCAACUAGAGCAUUUCUAUCUAUCUAUCUAUUUAUCUAUCUAUGUUUGUAUUUCAUUUUGUUUUUGUCCUCUUUUAGUCUUACCUUUUUCCUAAUAUUAUUUUCUUACUUUCUUUCCUCAUCUUUUAUUCUUUCAUCAUUUCAGUUUCUCGUAACUUUCUUUUCUUUCCUAUCCUUAUCUCCAUUUCACUAUUUCCUUUCGCUUUCUAACUUACUCCAUUUCUGUUUACUUUUUUUUUUUCAAUGUCUUUCUUUGUUUUCUCUAUUUGAAUCCUUCUCUCGUCUGUUACUUUCCUUCAGCUAUAACAUAACACCUUGUUCACUUCCAUACUCUUUCUUCUUCUCAGUCUUUAUUCUUUUCUUUCUUCAUAUAUUUUUCCUAAAUACCGACAUUCAUUUUUUCAUCUGUUACGAUUUCCCACACAUUUCCAUUUUCCUUCAUUUUGGCUUCGGUCUUUUCUUGUAUGCAAUUUCCUUCCCUUCUGCUUUCUCUUCCUUUCUCAUUUUCUUCUUGUGUUUCUCAUUUUUCGAAAUUCCUUACUUUCUGUAUUAUUUCGAUUUAUGUCCAUUUGUGUUCAUUUUUUUUUUCUUUCGCUUAUCCUUAAAUUCGUUUCUUCAUUGA